AUGCCGCAACCUCUUCCUCCAAAAGAGGCCGCCCUCUUCCGGACGGUGGUCCGAAACUAUGACGACAAGCAAUACAAGCGCGGGCUCAAGAAUGCAGACAUCAUCCUCAAGAAGCACCCCAAACACGGCGACACCACCGCCAUGAAGGCCCUCAUUCUCAACGCCCAAGGCAAGACCGACGAAGCCUUCGCCCUCGGGAAAGUCGCGCUGAUGAACGACAUGAAGUCGUCCAUAUGCUGGCACGUCUACGGGCUCCUGUGGCGCGCCGUGAAGAAGUACGACGACGCCAUCAAGGCCUACAAGCAGGCCCUCCAGAUCGACCCGGACUCGGCCCAGAUCCUGCGCGACCUGGCCCUCCUGCAGAUGCAGACCCGCGACUACCCCGGCUACGUGCAGAGCCGCAUCACCAUGCUGCAGGCCCGCUCCCAGCUGAUCCAGAACUGGACCGCCCUCGCCGUCGCCCACCACCUCAACGACGACCGCGCCACCGCCGAGAAGGUCCUCGACACCUACGAGAGCACCCUGAAGACGACGCCCUCAAGUCGCGACAUUGAGCACGCCGAGAUUGUCAUGUACAAGAACCGCCUCGUCGCCGAGCAGGGCGACUACCAGAGGGCCCUGGACCACCUCGACUCCGCCGCCCGGUCGAACCUCGACCGUCUUGCCGUGCUGGAGAGGCGCGCCGAGUAUUUGACCAAGCUGCGCAGGAACGAGGAGGCUGCUGCCGUGUACAGGGCCCUGUUGAACCGGAACCCGGAGCAUCCCGAGUACUACGACCUGUUGGAGGCCGUCGUGGAGUUGGGUUCGGCGGAGGAGAGGAAGAAGAUUUACGACGAGUAUGCUGAGAAGUACCCACGUGCUGAUGCCCCUCGUCGUCUACCUCUCAACUUUCUUUCUGGCAAUGACUUUGUACAAGCGGCCAAGGAGUACCUCACCCUCAUGCUGAACAAGGGCGUCCCCUCGACCUUUGCCAACUUGAAGCACCUCUAUUCCGACUCGUUCAAAAAAGAGACGCUGGCCACACUGGCAGAAGAGUACAUCUCAUCGCACAACGACAGCGCAGAUGCGACCAACGGCGACGGAACCAAGGGCCAGCCAGCAGCCCUCUACUACCUAGCCCAGCAUUACAACUACCAUCUCAGCCGCCACCUCGACAAGGCCAUGCACUACGUCGACAUGGCCAUCGAGAAGGUCCCCCAGAGCGUCGAGUUCCACAUGACCAAGGCGAGGAUAUGGAAGCACAAGGGCAACCUCGACAAGGCGUCCGAGUGGAUGGAGCGCGCCCGCACCCUCGACACCAGGGACAGGUACAUCUGCACCAAGGCCGCCAAGUACCUCCUGCGGAACAACAAGAACGAGGAGGCCCUCAAGAUGAUGGGCCACUUUACGAGGGCUGAGACCAUCGGCGGACCCUUCAUGGACUUAGUCGACAUGCAGGCCGUCUGGUACCUGACCGAGGACGGCGAGGCCUUUGCCCGGCGGGGCGAAGAAGGGCCGGCGCUGCGGCGCUUCGAGCUGGUGUCCAACAUCUUCGACACCUGGGUGGAGGACCAGUUCGACUUCCACGCCUUCUCCCUCCGCAAGGGCUUCAUCCGCGCCUACAUCGACAUGCUGCGGUGGGAGGACCGGAUUCGGGAGCACCCCUUCUACUCGCGGGCCGCCCUCGACGCCGUGGCCCUGUACGUGAAGCGGGACGACCGGGCGGCGGCGGCGCGGGCCAACGGGGACGUGACGAAUGGCGAGGACGCGGCGGAGCGCAAGAAGGCGGCGAAGAAGGCGGCCAAGGAGAAGCAGAAGCUGGAGCGCGAGGCGGCCGAGCGGGCGGCGAAGAAGGAUCCCAACAAGGGCGCCAAGGACGGGGCGAACCGGCAGAUCGACGACGUUGCGGGGUUGAAGCUCCUUGAUGCCGAACCUCUUUCGACGGCUAUGAAAUACGUUUCCCAUCUGCUGCAGUUCAGUCCCAAGAAUAUACAUGCGCAGUUGGCGGGUUUUGAUGUGUACAUACGGCGGAAGAAGUAUGUUCUUGCUCUGGGUUGCCUGAAUGCCGCCAUCGCCCUGGAUGCAUCCAACCCCAAGGUCCACGAGCGCGUCAUCGAAUUCAAGCACACCAUCGACCCCGUCUUGGCCACGCUGCCGCCCAAGGUGCAGGACCUCAUCAAGUCGGAGUUCAAGGCCGUUCCGGCGGACAACACCGCGGGCCAGUACAACCAGGAGUUCCUCGAGGCACACAAGGAGAGCCCGCCGCAUGUGGUGUCGGCCGUCAAGGCGCGCAAGGUGCUCGGCGAGGACCCGAGCAAGGUCGAAAAGGAGCUGGUCGCGCUGGUGAAGGGCGAAAAGGUGACAUUCGAACAGGCGGGGGAGAUCCUGGAGGUGCUGAAGACGUGGAAGAGCAAAGAGGUGGACACCUUCAGGGCAUUGGCGACGGGACGAUGGCCGCAAGUUACCAUCUUUUCCUAA